GUUUAUGGAUUUUGGGUCACGGUACUUUCGCUGAGAUCUCGUGGCAUUUCAGUUUUCGGCGCAACAUAACCGCAUUCUAGAAAUUUAAACAUUUGCGAGAGGUUUUUAAACGGUUUGACUUUCUGAAAAUGAUGACAGAAGACACACAGGAUUAUACUAAAAACGGGAUGAUGGAAGUCGAAAUAGACGAUGUUAAAUUGUCGUUGGCCGGUAUUAACUUGAUGCUUAACAACGGGUACAAGGAAUCGGAUGCAUUAUUUACCAAAUACAGAAAUUACAGUCCAUUGAUGAGUGCUGGAGCAAGUUUUGUUUGUUUUAUGAAUGGGUUGAUGACGUUUGAAGAAGAUAAACUACAAAUGGCUGCACGGUCCAUCAAGUCUACGGAAAAGCUCUGCUCAUCAAAUGAAGGACUUGUCAGAUCUGUCAAGAAAUUUUUUGGCAGUAGUCGGGAGACAGACGUAAUUCUGACUCGCGAGGAGCGUAUUAUGAGACUGAUUAUUAUAGCGGACUGUCAGCUUUAUUUGUCGGUGAUUACUUUCGUAAAACAGGAUUUAACAAGCUACAUCAAAGGAGGUUGGCAGCUACGUAAAGCAUGGAAAAUUUACGACAGAGUUUUCAAAGAAGUGAAUGCACUAACAAGAGAGCGUAGAGGGAUUUCAGAAAGUCCGUCCUUUGAGCGUCCUCCAGUCGUAGGGGCCGAGGAUGAAGAAGUUGAGGGCACUGCAGCUGCAUCAGAGCCGACAACUCCAGAGGAGGUGAUUACGUUGAAAAGUACAAACAAUGAGAUUUCUGAUGAGACUUUGGCGAGAUUGCGCGGUGCUGUCUGUUUUGGGUAUGGUCUAUUUCAGCUCUGUAUUUCUAUGAUGCCACCAAAUUUACUGAAGUUGGUCAACUUACUCGGCUUUGCGGGAGAUCGUCAAAUGGGUAUCAAAUGUUUGGAUGAAGCAAGUCACAGUGAAGACAUGAAAGCACCAUUGGCAACGCUUGGUUUGCUUUGGUAUCAUACGGUUGUUCGUCCAUUCUUUGCUCUUGAUGGGGGCGCUGUUGAUGCUGGCUUACAGGAAGCUACUGAUAUUAUAGAAGAGAAUCAGACAAAAUAUCCUACUUCAGCUUUAUUUUUAUUUUACAGAGGGAGAAUACAGAGAUUAAAAUGUCAAUUAGACGAAGCUCUGUCAACUUAUAAUAAUGCACUAGAAGCUUGUAAAGAGCAGAGAGAAGUUCAAUUAAUUUGCUUAUAUGAGAUUGGUUGGAUUAAUUUAAUGAAAUUAAACUGGGAGGAAUCAUUGAUGGCUUUCAUCAGAUUACGAGAGGAAUCAAGGUGGUCACAGUGUUACUAUGCAUAUCUAUUAGCAGUUUGUCAGGGUGCUUUGGGACAGGUGGAAACCUCUCAAGAAUUAUUCAAAGAAGUGCCAAAACUAUCAAAGAAGAGGACUAACCAGCUGGAGCAAUUUGUUGUCAGAAAGGCUGAGAAGUUGAAGAAGAAAACGCCAGACAGGUCACAUAUGAUACUCGCUAUUGAAGUCCUGUAUUUGUGGAGAGCAUUACCAACAUGCAACAAAGAUGACUUGAUGCAAAUGUUAAAAGAAUGCGAAAACCCUCUAAGUACGCCUCAAUGGUUUAAAACUUUUGUUGAAAGGAUCUAUCUAUAGGACUUUGGGAAAUAAUGAACCAGCUGUGCAGUGUUUUGAAGACGCAAUGUCAGCCUUUUGCUACGAACCCCAUGUGGCACCAUAUGCUUGCUAUGAACUGGGAACUUUACUGGCAGAAAAACCAGCCACAAUGUCUAGAGGAAAGAAACUAAUUAUACAAGCCAAGGACAAUUACAAGGGAUAUGAUUUUGAACAAAGACUCAGUGUGAGAGUUCAUGCUGCCCUGCAACAGUUGAAGAACGUUGACUGAAAAUGAACGACGUACAGUAACCGAGAGACAAAGCAAAAAAUACAUUAAUGAUUUGAAAAGCCUUACUUAUCAAUAAAGUUGAUCAUCAAAAUUGAGAUUAAUUGAAAUUAAUUAUUGGGAUUAAUUAUGAAAGUUUUGAGACAUUUAAUGGAAAUCUUUUGACUAGUCUAUUUGUCA